UUUGCGCAACGGUGCUCGAUGAGUGCAGCUGUGUUAACUGAUCGAACUAUUUACCCUGAGAAAGAUGACGGCUUGAGAAAAAACGUAUUGCGGAAAGAUUAAGAUACCAACGAAUAAAAAAUGACCCUGACAAAUACGCAAAAUAAAAAUAAAUAAUGAAAAGAAGAAAGAAAAAGGAUCUAUUAAGACAGUGAGCAAAAUGACACCAAGAGAACAGAGGAAAACUAGGAAAAUGUGGAGAGAAAAGGCAAAGCUUCGAAGACGUCGUUUAGCGCUCCAAGACGCAAGCAAUGCCCCUAUUACUGCACCUUCUUCGGACGCUGAAAACAUACCGCCGCCACCUCCGCAAAAUUUAAAUAGACGGGCGCAAGCUGCGCAGCAAAAGUCAAUUCGUGCGAGAAAUGCUCGAAAUUUGAAAAUAAAAAUACAAGCAGCCGAAAUAGCAAAACUUAGAUCUACAGUCCAGCGCUACAAAAAACAAAUUCAACGCUUUAAAAAACCACGAGCAAUACCACUAUGCUCCCCCAACACUAAAGUUACAGCACUAGUCAAAUCUGUUUUACCUUCUCGCGAAAAGGAAAAUAUAAAGAAAAAACUUCUUUUCAGUGAAGUUGUUACCCAACAACUUAACGAAAACUUAUCAAACUUCACGACUGAUAAAGAAAAAAGAAUGUUUAGGAGGAUCAUAAGCGGUUAAUUGUAAAAAAAUACAAGGCUGUACAAUCAACAAUCAAAAUGAAACCUUUAAGUAAAAUAAGCAAAAAUCUAAGACUUAUAGACGGAAAUCGUGCCUCAAGAAGAACAUGCGACAGUUUGAAAGUAAGCAGAAGCGAGUCAUGCAAGAUACUUUACUCAACUUACACAAACGUUUUGUGAAAGAGACAGGCAUAAAAGUUUCUUACCCUAUGUUCUGUAAACUCCGACCUUUUUGGAUCAUUCAGCGACGGUGCGACGAUCGUAACACUUACUUGUGUGUUACACACAGUAAUUUUGAUUUUAUACUGGAGUCACUCUACAACGCUAAAAUAAUAUCUACCUCGAAUUACGUAGAUUUUCUUAAUCAAACCUGCUGUUACCGGUUUAAUGAACAAUGUUUAUCAAGAAAGUGCAAGAUGUGUCUUAACAAGAGUCUACAUUACAAGGAAUUUGAUGACUCCAUUCCACUGACUUACAGCAAGUGGGAAAGUGUACGCCAAGACAUCAUUGAUCCAAAAACUAAAAAAACACGGACUGUAACAAAAUGCGUAAAAAGCAUAUUACAGAUUAAACCACGCGACUUGAUUAUGGACUUGGAGUCGAAGAUGCAAAAGUUCUUCCACCACGAACUAAAUAAAGUGCAUCAAUACAACGCUAUGCAAACAAAACAACAAUGCCUUACUGAAUAUGAAGCCAUUAUACACGUUGAUUUUAGUGAAAAUUAUCAGACAAAAUAUGCUGAGGAAAUUCAAUCCUUCCAUUUUGGAGGAUCCUGACAACAAAUAAGUCUACAACAACAACUACAACACACUGUUGUAGUCUACAGUAACGCUGAGGAAGAGCCAAAAACUGAAUGUUACUGCUCUUUAUCAAAAAAUUUGUCGCACUCGCCUCCUGCAAUUUGGCCCCAUUUGCAGCCCAUUCUUGACAGAUUACCAACUACUGUCACCAACUUGCACUUUCUGAGCGAUGGCCCCGUUACCCAAUAUCGUAACAAAAUGAUGUUUAAGGUUUUGGCAACAAUGCUCGUAGAAUUUUACCCAAACCUACAAAACUUUACAUGGAACUAUCACGAAGCAGGUCACGGAAAGGGGGCUGUCGAUGGAGUGGGUGCGACUUGCAAAAGCGCGGCUGAUAGACAAGUCGCAUGUGGCUCCGGUAUUGCAUCAUUAGAAGACUUAGCCACAACCAUUGAGAAGACCUGUCCUCAUAUUAAAGUUUUUUCACGCAAAAUGAAGAAAAACUUGGAUCUAUUGGUGAGAUCAAAACUUUUUCAGGCACACUAAAAGUUCAUCAAGUUAUCGGUUGCGUAUUUAAAUCCAAUUACUUGAUAUUGAAAAGUUUGUGUUGCUUUUGUGACUCUGAGGUAUGCAGUCAUUUUAGAUUGGGUACCCAAUGGACUUUCCACAAGCUAUUCCAGAAUCUCGUCUCCAUGUUGAUGAAGUAUAUAGCACUAGUGAUUCAGAUGACGAACCACUAAUUAUAUUAGCAUCAAAGAAACGAAUGCAGAAAUCACAAGAAUCGAUACACCUUCCAGGGUUAGCGGCUAAAAAGACGAGAGGUUUGAAAGAUAACCCAAAGCCUAAAAUAUAUAAUAAAAAU